UUUUCUGCAAACUCCAUCCUCCAAACUAGCCUUUCUCGGAGCAGUAAUGCAUAUCAGUCGCAAGAGGGAUGGAGAUAACAAGCUCCUAGGUUGCGUGGGUGUCAAAUAAAUCCGAGAGCAGAGGGCAAGCGGAUUGCUUCACCAACGCCAGCUCCGCUUCCAGAGUGGAAAAGCGAGAAGAUAACUAAUUCAAGGCGAGGGUUCUAUUGGAUCAAGGUGGUUCCGGCUCCCUCCUUCUCCUGCUCCUGCUACGCAUUGCUCUCAGCCGGGUGCCCCAAGGAUCAAGGAGAGAGAGGAGGAGGGAGGAGAAAGAGGAUAAGAAAAAAAAAAAAAAAAGAGGAGAAGGAAGAGGAGAUGUUAAAGGUAUCAGCCCUAUUGUGUGUGUGUGCAGUCGUCUGGUGCAAUCAGGCUCUCGCAGCGGAGGCAGCGGCGGCGGCGGCGGCGGCCGGGGGCAGGUCGGACAGCGGUAAUUUUCUGGAUGAUAAACAAUGGCUCACCACGAUCUCCCAAUAUGACAAGGAAGUCGGACAGUGGAACAAAUUCCGAGACGAUGAUUACUUCCGUACUUGGAGUCCAGGCAAACCUUUUGAUCAAGCUUUAGACCCGGCUAAUGAUCCAUGCUUAAAGAUGAAAUGUAGCCACCAUAAAGUUUGCAUUGCCCGAGAUCCUCAGACAGCAAUUUGUAUUAGUCACCGGAGGCUCACACACAGUAUGAAAGAAGCUGGAUUAAGUCACAAACAGUGGAGGAGUCCUUUUUCCUCCAGCUGCAAGCAAUGUCCAGUGGUUUACACCAAUCCAGUUUGUGGCUCAGAUGGUCACACUUACUCUUCACAGUGCAAGCUAGAGUAUCAAGCGUGUGUCUUAGGAAAACAGAUCUCAGUCAAGUGUGAAAGACGGUGCCCUUGCCCUUCAGAUAAAUCCACAACUGUAGUCAGAAAUGAUAAGAGAGCAUGUGGUGAUUUGGAGUUCAGAGAGGUGGCAAACAGACUUCGUGACUGGUUCAAGGCACUUCAUGAAAGUGGAAGCCAGAACAAGAAAAACAAAGCAUUACAGAGACCAGAAAGAAGCAGAUUUGAUACCAGCAUUUUGCCCAUUUGCAAGGACUCCCUUGGUUGGAUGUUUAAUCGACUUGAUACAAACUAUGAUCUCCUACUGGACCAGUCAGAGCUCAGCAGCAUUUACCUAGAUAAGAAUGAACAAUGCACCAAAGCAUUCUUCAAUUCUUGUGACACAUACAAAGACAGUCUGAUAUCAAAUAAUGAGUGGUGCUAUUGCUUCCAGAGACAGCAAGACCCACCUUGCCAGACAGAGCUCAGCAACAUUCAGAAGCAGCCAGUGGUAAAGAAGCUCCUAGGGCAGUAUAUUCCAUUAUGUGAUCAAGAUGGUUAUUAUAAACCAACUCAAUGCCAUGGUGGCUUAGGACAGUGCUGGUGUGUGGACAGAUAUGGCAAUGAGGUAACAGGAUCUAGAACAAAUGGCGCAACAGCAGACUGUGCUAUUGACUUAGAAACAUCAGGAGAUUUUGCCAGUGGAGAUUUCCAUGAAUGGACAGAUGAUGAGGAUGAUGAAGAUGAUAUAAUGAAUGAUGAAGAUGAAAUUGAAGAUGAUGAUGAGGAUGAAGGGGAUGAUGAUGAUGAUGAUGACCAUGAUGGCUAUAUUUGACAAUGUCCAUGGUCAAUGAAUUCUACCUUUCUAAAAUUCACAUGGUGAUAUUCCAUUGAAAAAUGCUCUGUUUCCUAAGAUCAAAAGGAUUCUAAACUACAUGUAUAUUUUGUAUAAUUAUUUCAAAUAUUGCAGCUGGAGUCAUAGACUUUAUUUGUUUAAAUAAGAAUCAUUUAUAGGCUUUUGAGUUUUUAUAUGCCUCUGAGCAGAAGAAAACACAUUGGAUGUCUAGCAAGAAGAAAGAUAUGAUGUGCUACUAAAAAUGUGCUAAAAAUAAAAACAACCAACAUAUUAAAAACAAAAACACUUCCCCAAAACGAAUAUUUAUCAUGAUUUGGAACUGCAUGUGGCCUCACUUUCACUUAACAAUGGCUAGAUCCAGGGAUUUUCCCCCUAAUUAAGCAGGACCUGGUGAUCAGCAAUUAUUCCAAAAAUUGCUAUGCCAAAGUAGUGUCUCAUAAAGUAAAAGUAAAUCAGGGAUGCAGAGACAAGGUGGAUUCUAUAGAGUAAGGCAACAGAGAGACUGUUGUAAAGUCCUCCUUUGUGUUUACUCUCAUGUUUUUAGUUGUAAAAUGAUUCUGGCUCUGACAGGAUAUUGGACAAAAGCAGUAACAUGGGCACUCUUUGUGUUCCAGCAAAAUUAAAGUUUUGUUAUCCUCUUUCAUUUUCCAUGUUAAUGCCAGUCUUAUGUAGACUUAUACUUUCCCAAGGAGCAUGAUCACUUCUUUUCUUGGGUUUCUUGAGCUCUCUAACCAGCAAUUAACAUAAAGUAUUGGACAUGAAAAGGCAGAGUCAAAUGCUCAUUAAAAAUAGCCUUCACAUGGAAUGACAUUUGUCCAAAGGCCAACUUGAAAGUCUUAAUUUCAUCUAUUUUUCUCAUCUUCAAGGGGGAAAUUGCAUUUUUAACUUAAAGUUCUGUCACUUUCAGUUAGUAGUACAGAAACUUAGAGAACGUAUUAUUGUAAGGUGCCUUGCAAACUAGAAAUAGAAAGAUUUUUAGCAUGCAUACCAAUUUAGGAUAUUAGGCAAUUGCUAAGCACACCCAGUUACCAAAUUAAUGCCAGUAUAGGUACUGCUGCUGGAAUGAAGAAAAUGAGUUCGUUUUCUUUUUACUUUCUAUCAUUAUGUAAUUACCGUGUGGACUAGAUUAUGAUUCUCGUGUAAAGUAGCAUUUAAAAGUUAACUGUAGAGAAAAUUACUUUAAUCACUGUAUUUAUGUUAGCAUGUUAAUUAAUUGUGUAGACAUUUUGGAAAUCCACCACGUUCAUUCAUGUCUGACCUAUGGCUUUGUGCCCAUGAUCAAAUUGGAGCUACCUGUUUAAUGUUACAUGACUGGUCAUUUAAUUUCAACAGUGAAUCACGGGUUUCCCUAGUUUUCAUCUGCAGUCAGUUCAAAGGAAAAUCUGUUAAUUUUUUUUUGCAUUUAAUUUAUAUACAUAAACACAAACUUUAAUGUUUCCCUUAUGUAAUAUUAAAAGUACAAGACAUUUUCUUUUUUUACUGUUUAUGUAUAGUUUGCAAAAUAAAGACUCGUAACCAAAUUCAACUUCUCAAUGAUGAUUUUAUGUGAACAAAACUACUAUAUCCUCAACAGCAAGAUAUUUUUCUUUAAACUUAUUUCAUAAAAUUUCUAACAUAUUUUUUAAAAUGACAAUUUAGAUAUGUAAGCAACCGCUGGGUCCUCAGUGCAGUUUAAGAGGAGAAAUCUCUACCUUUAGGCCAAUGCUUUUUAUAAAGACUUUUAAACUUGUUUGCACUUGUUAAUAUUUAAUUAGAAUAAUAUUGCAUAAUAGAACAUUUUUGCCCCCAUGAACAUAACUGUUGUACAAAAGGAUGGAGCAUGCUAUUUCUGAAACCAAUUAAAUAUGGUCAAUUUUUUAACAUA